AUUUCAUGAAUAUCUCGUCAAUGGUCGUAUCUAUCGAAAAAUUCCAAAGAACUUUUUUUUUGUAGAAAAUUAAAUGACCCACAACAAAGUGGUUCACAUAUUUGUUGAAAUAUUUUUUUUUGUUCUUGAGAUAUCCAGAAAAAUACCUGUUUCUUGGUCAAUAAUUUUAGGAUUGUUCAGUUUGGGAAUAUUGACAUACAAUUGAUGUUCACUACCAUCUCCAUAAUUUUUAAUUGAAGUCUAGAAAUUGGGGAUUCGGAAAAUAAAAACGCUGAUCAAUUAUUAAAGUGAAGAAAAUAUAUUUCAACCAAUCAUUUAUUUUCUGGGACUCGUGAUGAGAUGAAUAUUGAGUUGAGUUAUUUGAAGAAAUUUAUUUGAAAGACAUUAGUGUACCUCUGCAGUCCUCCCCAACAUUUAGAAUCAUAAACUCUCCCCUCCCCCGGCCCAUGGGGUCUUCAAACAAACCUCGCCCCCCUCCAAAGUGUCGCUGCAGUCGCCAGAAAGGCUUUAUUUCCCAGCUGGCAUCAGUCGCUAGCUCCCCUCGGGUUUCUCGUUAUCGCUUGUGUUAUUUCGGGGCCAGUGCUCUCCAAAGUGUCCAAAAACCUCGAACAAUGUGCACCCACACCCCCCAAAAGACCCCGAUUCCCCCGAACUAGUUUCCUAUCACCCUCAAUCCGUCCUACGGAAAUCUGCAUCGGCUGAAAAACCAAAAAAACCUCAUAAAGAGUUCUCGAAUUGACGCCAGAGUCCCCAGUGUUCUGUUCCAUCUCCAUCGUAAACGAGUGAAGUGAGUGUACCGAACAAUAAACGACACCCAAAACCCCAAAAAUCCAGGGCCAAAUUUCACCCAGAAUUCAGUGCAAUCGUUUUCCAAGUGUCCAUGACCCACCGAAAAAAAACUACGGAGACCCUUGUACCCCAUCGCGAGUAAAACUGAUACCCCAUUGACCCACACCACCAUCAAAUCCUGGUGUAAGUGUACGGUUGUGUUGGCAAGACGUGGUACGCAGGUAAUAAUUGAAGAAAAAAAAAACGAGUGAGAAGUUGCUUGGAGAACCAGCCACACACUCGGCAAACCCGAGGUUUUAGCCUACAGGGGAGGCUGGCGAUUUACCAGGAUAUCGAUUUGUGUAGCCCCCCUAGCGCGCCGCUCGACACUCGAGGGGCUCAAUUAAAAAAAAAAAGUGCCUCCAAAAUCUGGAAAAAUUCUGUCAAAAUUGUCAUCAAAAAAUCCAGAGACAAAACGAAGACUUAAAUUUUUUUAAUCCCCUCAACCCUUCGAUUUCACGUCAUGUGACAGUCUUCAUGUGUGUGUCGCAGUUGUGCGAACGAAAUGUCCACUUUCUGGGAACAAUAAUCACUGAAUUAACAUAAAAAAACGAACAGAGCGUAUCAGGGGAAGGUAGAACAACAGAAAAGAACAGAAAUCUAGAGGAGUGAGACAGAGGGAAGAGACGAGCGCAGCGGCCAUGGACGUCGAUAUUUUUGGGGCACCCACAAACGUAUCACGGCUGCAUCAUGUACGUAUUAAGCCGUGUGUAAAGGCCUGAUAGGGGCCCUAAACCCCCCAGGACUCAGUAAUAAUCCCCUAAAACCCAAAUAAAUAAAUCCCCCGAGGAAAUUCACUCCAAUAACCCCGAAAAAUCGCGAUGUCAGGGGAAUUCCGGUGGCAAGUUCUGUCAAAUCGGUGAGUGAAUGUUCAAAAAAAUACCCAUUCAUCCUCGAACAAUUUCCAGAGACAUCUUCAGUGAUCGAUAGUCCCACGUGUAGAUUCAAAAAAACUAAUACAAUGGACAUAAACUUGACAUCAGACACCGGUGGUGCAAUGGCAUGUCCGGUGUGCACGUUGUACCUCCGCGAGGGUAUAAGCCUUCAACGUCACCUGGACACUCAUCCAAAGGAGCAGGUGAUUGAGGCCCUGAUAAAGGCCAGCAGCAGCAGCACCUCGUCCCCCUUGCCCACACUUCCCUCGUCUUCCCCCUCGCCGUUACCACAGGGCUCGUCCCAAGGGUCAACGCCACAGCCCGGGGUAUCCCAGGGCCAAUCUCACCUGCCUCAGUCAUCGUACCCCAUCGGUCCGGUCUUCGAAUAUCCCCCCCUGAAUGCUAUGAUGCCACCGCAAUUCGCGUCCUUCAGUUACCAGCAAUUCGUCAACAACGGUACAAUGAUGAUACCCCAGUACUCGAUACCACCACCGCCACAGGCCAAUCAGAUGAUGCAGAUGCUUUACAAUCCUUACAACAUGUACCAGCAGCAACAAGUGCCAACAGUACAGAUGCUCUCGCCAGUUACGACUAUUCCAACGACAAGGAUACGACCAGUUGUAACUGUCGCCGAGAGUAUCUCCAGGAGUAUUAUGAUGCCGAGUAGUCAAGAGGGAAAAACGAUUAUUCCUGACAUGAUUGAGAGUACUGAGAGCAUUCUACCGGAUAUCGAGACCCCAGAGGUAACAGAAAGGAGGACUGAGGAUCGACAGACAGAGGAUAGAGGCCAGCAGACACUCUCCAGGCGCUCAUCACCUCCAGCACAGAAAGACGACGAGGAGGACGAAGGGGAGAGCAUCAUUCCCGAGAUCGAGGAGCCCAGGGACGAGCACGUCCUCCAACGGCUGCCAGAUUACCAGAAGGAGAGGGAGGACGAGAGGACCGGGGAAAGAACUGACAUCGAGAAGAUGAUCACUGAUGACAGUCGAGAAGACCAGCCCAACGACAAGGAGACAUCUUCUACGACAGAGGAGGCAGGCAACAGCCUCAAGAUCAGCAUGAGGGUGGAGAUACCUCAGCAGGGAGAGGUGGAACACCUGGAGCGCUUCCUCGUGAAUAUUAUGGAAACGAAUCUGGAAAGAAGUGAAGUAAAGAAGCCUGAGGAGUCCCAGGAUGAUGUCAGAGAGCUCCCAGUGCAAACAAUAGAGGAUGAAAGUCCAGAGCUGAGGGAAUUGCGAAGAGAACUGACUGUGGAGAUCGAUUACAAAGCGUUGGAGGUGUCGUACAGAUAUAAAAACAGCUUGAGUGCUCCUGCAUCGCCGACAGUCUCGAAAAAACCUAAUCAUACGUUCUCCAGGUCAGAAUACGGAUCUAUUGAGAAUCUCAGUCUUUACCCAGUCGGGUUUGAUGCUUCAGCGCUUCAAGAGUUGGAGGAGGACAAUCGAGAGGAGGAGGAGGAUGAGGAGGAGGAGACGGACGAGAAGAAUAUCCCGGACAAUUUCGAUGAGGAGGACAUGGAGAUCGAGGAGAUUGCCAGCCCCCACACGCCUUUUGCCAAAGGAAGCCAGGAGAACAGGUCCCACACACCCUUGUCCACGAUCAGUGGAAUUUCUGGACUGAAAUUGAAGACCAACCUGGCCAAACCCGGCUCACCAGCCUCGGUACAAUCUUUCAGGGGCUUGAAUGGAGAGAGUGAGGAUGACGAGAGUGAGGACAAUCAGAAAAACCCGCUGGACUGCUCCCAAGGUGAGGGAGAGCUCGAGGGCAACAGGAGGUUUGACCCUAGCUGCCAUCAGUCUGUCAUCACUGAACACGUCAGCUCGUUUCCUGUUCAUUCUAAUCAACAGAUUAGCAGUGAGAGCUACUCGAUGGUCAGCACUAAAGGCCAGGGCCAGGAUCUUGCUGCUAUCGUGGGCAUGGACCCUACUACCAGCGACUCUAAGAGUUUCCAGUCAAUCGCGAAAACUAUGAAUCAAAUACCCACAACUGAACUUCUUAAUAUCAAUGAGGAUGCGCACUCGGGACCCAUGAAUGUUUUCGAGUUCGAUGGACUGCAGAUCCUUGUGCCCAGCACUUUUAUUAGUGAAUCGAGUCAGAAGGCUAUCAGUGCCACUAGUCAACAGUCGAUGGCGAGUAGUGAAGGGGGUGGGGGCAUUGAUGAGGAGGUGAAAAGUGUUAACAUGAGGGCUGACGAGACUAUGCCACCCAGGGGAGAGCUUUCGGAGCAGGAGAGCAAUGGGUGCACUGAGCAUUCGGCUUGGCAGGAUAUCCAAGUACUUUUGCUACUUCUUCUCCAUUUAAAUGCCUCUGAACUUUUCAAUUCGAACAGCAGAGCUGUCAUUUCAGCCCCAUUUGAGUUUUGGUCAAGUAUAUUGCAACGAUUCUAUUAUGGAAAGCUCUACGUCGGUCAGGAAUCGUCCCGGAUGUCGACGUCUUAUGAUCUGAUGGCUCGGGAAUCCUGGGAGGAGUCCGAGGGUUCUGACAACGAGGCCGGUGUUCCCCUUCUGGACAGUCGUUCCCUGGCCACCCACUUCACCUCCUCCCUCUUCCUGGACCGAGAUCGUAAAACUCCCACAAAACGCACCUUCAAGUGCUCCCUCUGCACCGAGGUCUUCGACUGUCCCAAGGAGCGCCGAGUUCACAGUACAACAGUCCACAAGGAGGCUGGUCCCUCCAACAGCAGUAGCAACAGUGGUCCCCUGGAGGUACCAGAAGCUAAGGACAUAAAGCUCCUGGAGGGUCGAAUGAACGUCUUUGAGGAGAUAUUCGUUCCAGGUAUUCACGUUCCCACUUACCAUCAAUCACAACCACCUCUCCUCCACCAACUUCAGCCCCCUCAGCAGCCCUCAGACCUGACAAAGCCAGACGGUGAUGAAAAGGUCGAGACAUCCACUGGCCUGGAGAUAUCCUGUGCCAUGUGCUCCCAAAGAUUCUCCUCAGAACGUUCCCUUCAGGUACACAAUCGUCGAGUUCAUGGUACAGAAGUGGCAAAGCGUCUACAUGAUAUCUCCAAGUGUCAAAUUUGCAACGAAGAAUUUCCAUCAGUCGUUCAAUUCAAUGCUCAUCUGAAAAUCCAUCCCUUGGAGUGCUCCCAGUGUGGAAAAUACUUUUACAGAAAACAAAAUUUCAAACUCCAUAUGAAACGUCAUCUGGGAAUAAAGCCUUUUCCAUGUACAGUGUGUGACAAAGCCUUCCUGACAAAACAAAAACUCGAUGAACAUAUGAAUGGUCACACUGGCAAUGCACCUGUCAAGUGUAAUUUGUGCAACGAGACAUUCAGAAGAUACUCCAAUCUUACUCAACACAAGAAUCGUCAUCAUCUCAAUAUAAAACGAAAGCUCAAGGAUUAUAUUUGCCACUGCGGUGAGGUAUUUCACACGAAGAAGAAGCUCGCUUGGCACAAGGAGACACACGAUGAGAAACCCAAAGCCUGCACAUACUGUAACGAGAGGUUCAUACACAUGGCAAGUUUGACCAGGCACAUGAGGAGGGCGCACAACAGACGAUUUGUACCAGACGCCCAGAGGGAAAAUGAGAAUGUCGAGUGUCCCAUAUGUAAGUGCAUUUAUCUAAGAUCAUCUUUGUCUGUUCACAUGAGGGUUCACAAUGGCGAACGACCCUAUGAGUGCCAAGUAUGCUCCAAAGCAUUCAGCACAAAGUGGAACUUACAGUUGCACAAGUGGACUCAUGCGGCUCGAAGUACUAAACCGUAUAAGUGUAAUCAGUGCAGCGCUGCUUUUUACAGACACAGUGAUUAUACUGCUCAUAUGAAUUCACAUAGAAAUGUUAGGCCCUAUACAUGUAAUUACUGUGGGGCACAGUUCAUUAGGAAGUAUAAUUGCUUGAGACAUGUUAAGGAACAUGAGGAGAAUAAACAGUAUACUUGUGAUGUUUGCAAUAAGACUUUUCACAGGUCUUAUUAUCUUAAGGAACAUUUGAGGGUGCAUAGUGGAGCGAGACCUUAUACUUGUCAUAUUUGCGGAAAGAGCAGUAGUACGAAGAGCAAUCAUAAUAAACAUGUCAGAAUUCAUCAUGCUAGGGAACCGGUUAAUACGGAAAAUUGAAGAGGAGAAUUUUAAUUUUUGAAUUUUGCAUGGUUUUCUACUCUGAUAAAUUGGAGAAGAGUAAUUAGUUGGACCUGUCUCUUUUUUCAUGAUCUGGUAUGAUCAAUUAGCGACAGUUCUCUGUAAAACAAGGGUUUUUCGUUUACAUUUUUUAAAUAGGGAUAAGGACAACAGACCAAUUGCUGGAUUAUUUUUUAUUUGUGGAACUAGCUCAAAUCGCUCUACAAAAAAGCUUACUAGCAAAAUUUUUCACUCAUUUGUAGAUUCUUACAUAUCCAUUGAAAGCUGAUCAAUAGUCAGAAUCGAUUCAUUAAGAAAAAAGGUGGUAACACAGUUAUUCUUGAGGAAUAUUGUUACAAGAUCAAGUACUACAAUUUUAUUACUCAGAAAUUCCCUCAGAAUUGCGCUCAGUAAAACGAGUGUCCCUUAUACAAUAUUUAGCCAGACGUAUCGAGCUUAAUUUUUUUUAAAUAAAUAUUUUUGUAACAAUCAAAAUGAAAUACCCUUGUAUUAUUAGGGAGUGUCGAUGUCUGUAUUGUGACUUCAUGAAUUGUUUGUUAUCCAUGAUUAUUCGGAUUAAAAAGCAUGCAUUUCAAAUUUAACUUGGAGGACUAAGGGAAUACUAUGACUUAGAUCUCCUAUCAAAGACUGUACUUUUUAUUUCAGUCUCUUUAAAAAAUACGUAAAUGGCCGAAAUUUCCCAAUUUGUGCGUUUUCCAAUUCUUAUUCUGAUGAACAAUGAAGGAUUAAUGAAUUUUAGACGCAUCUGCCUUGCGACUUCAUGAAUCUUUAUUUUUUCAUUAUUUUUCACAAUAAUAACACGUACUAUUGACUCGAAUUCUAUACUUUGUUUAUUUUAGUCUUAUUCAAAAUUUAUAAAGGGGAUUUAGGAGGAUUUUCGGGCGAUGGAAAGUCGUCUGAAGACGUCAAUGGUAAUUCGAAAACAUUGAAUGUUAAGAGUGAUUAAUGAGCAAGUGAUUUGAGUCAGUUAGUAAUUGACGUAAGAAGUGCUGAACAACCCAAAUUUAGUUCAAUUUCUUAUUUUUUUUCUUGGUUUUUGGCCUCUUUUGUUAAAACGGAAUUACGUAAACAGAAUCUUCCUCACCUGUUGAGGAAGUGGUGAGGGAAGAUAAUUAAGACAUCGUCUGCAUGUUGUUUAUAUUUUUUUAUCACUCUACCACUGAAGUGAUGACCAUUAUCGGAGGUACUCUAGAUUCACAUUUAUUAUUUGAAAUGAAGUGUUUGUUGGUUUGUUUCUUCAUUCAGUUGAGAUUCUUUUCUGUCAAUUCUGGAAUGAGAAGCGAAGAGGAAGACCUUGACUUUAAAAAAUGUAGAAAAAUAUUUUUUCUAAAGAUUCUCGUGCACUGCACAAAGUGUCUUUUAACUUUUUUUUCGAUUAAUCCAGAACUUUUGGAGGUAUUGACUAAAUAAUAUCAGUUCAAUUCUUGUGAUUAACUCCUCGUUUCUUCAUACCAGAAUAAAUGUUGUUUUUGAUUAGUAAAAUUUUGUUGACUCGAUGCUUGAUGAAUAAAACUCGUCCAUCGAUCGUGACUUAGGUAAAUUAGCUAAUGUAAAUUUAUCGAACGGAUACAAGUGAAAUAUUAUGUUGUGGUUUGAUAUCCAGUGACUUGGGACCCUGACGACUUAAGGAUACUAAUUAAUAAGUAAUAAAUGGUACCCAGGCAUCAACAGGAUUUGUCAAAAAUAAACUCGUACUGUUGACUGCGAAUAAAAAGUUGAACAUUUUGUGUCGAGAAUCCACGAAAAGCGAAUUAAAACGUGAAUUAAAACGAAAUAAUCAUAAGAAAACAUGAGAAAAAGUUUGCCAACUAAUAGUAAAAUAAUUUAAUACAUAAAUGAUAAUUAAUCGAUACUAUAAAGGGGAAGAAUAACUAUUGCAUAACAUUAAUGAGGUCCUUUACGUGUCAGUCGUUUGUAAGUGGGGUAUCUCUUUCUACUAUUUUGCAAAUUGAAAAACAAAAUAACAUUGUGGUAAGGACAAGUGUUACUGUCAAUCGGUGUUCGAGUGUAAUAUAUGUGAGACGAGGUUACAAUGACAACGGGAGAUAACUGUUUCAUUGAUUAGUUAUUGAGAUGAAAAAUGGUAAAAUGUAAUGAAUGAACAAGUCAAUCAACGUUAUUUCUUUCAAAGGAACAAAUUUUUGAUUAUUUUCAAUGUAACAAAUCAUUUUUCGUUGAAGAUUUUAGUCUCUCCAGUAAAGUCUUAUAUUGUCGUGAAAAUUCAUUGCACCUCCAGAUAUUUGAUGUGAUAAAUAUAUUUUUCAAAACAAGCGUGAUUAUUUUAUCAACAUCUUGGAGAAAAAAAAAUUGAAUCAUUAAUAUCAAUGAUAAUUCACAAACAAUGAGGUCUUACCUGUUUCCACAGGAACUCAACACUUGUAUGUAACAAAACAAUACAAUUACAAUAGCCAAUCGCUAUUAUCUUAGUUGUUAUUCUUCUAUAUUUAUAUAUUUUGCAAUGCAUAAGGUGAUCAACUAUUGGUAAAAUUAAUUCCAAUACUAAGACUGAUCGAUGUUGGUUCUUCGUACUGCUCUCUGCAAGAAAUCAUCAGUUGAAUUGUCAAUCAGUCCCUAGACGAUUGAAUCAACUCAUAUUAUCUGCAUCCUACUGUUCAUGAAUUCAUAAGUUUCAUCAGUAAUCAAUUGUAAUUCAAUUCGUUCGGUUUUUAAUUGUCAAGUUAUUAAUUAACCACUACAUUGAGUAUGAUUUAUUGAUCGAGGGGUGAGGGGUAAUCCGUUGAAUCGUGAAUAUGAUUGGAGGACUGGAGAAUUACUAUGGGUCCAAUUUUUCAUUCAUAUUCGGAAUUAUUAAUAAAUAGUCAGAUACGAAUCAAUUUCUUCGAAGCUGUACCAAAACAAUAAACGAGUUAAGUUAAUUGUCAUGGGGUGAGGGGAGGGGGAUUAUUUCUGAAGGGAGCAGUAUGAGACACAUUAGACUGCUUGAGACAUUUUAGGAAUGAGGAAUGAAUUCAGUAGAGAAAUUCGAUGAAACUAUCGAUUUGUUUUUCUUUAUUGGUUGAUUAUCUCGGUGAUUAUGGGGCCUGAGGAGACCAGGCAGGGGAUUUUUAGUUUUGGACAUGAGAAUAAUCUCAUGGUCGAUAUUGUAGAGAAAUUCAGGCGUUCCAUUAAGUUUGAUUAAGGGGAGGUCACCCCAGCGAAUUUUUUAUUUCGCUUUUCGGGAAUAAAAGUUCGAAAUUUUGCUUUCGAAGUGCUUUUUCCUCAGAAAUUUGAUUUGACAGGUCAUAAUUGUUUGUCAUCACUUAUACCAUCAUUUCUCUACUGAAUGGUGAGAGUUGUGAGCUUAACAUUAUGAAAACUAAAUUGAUAUUCCCCGCGAGAGAUAUUGGAAAAGCAAUUAAUGGCUGGUUUUGUUAUUAACUUGCAGUUUGACGAAUGACAAAUCUGCCAGACAAAUACACGAUUAACAUAAUCACAAAAAAAUUGGUGUUAAUUAUCGAGAAACCAGCAUCGAUGUCCAAAUGUGCAAUUUGUGUUGAUUAUUAGGUUCAAUUGUGAAUAACAAUUAGGAUGAAAAAAAAUGUCACGUGGACAGAAUGAUGGGAAAAGUGGGGAAAAAAAUUCUUGGGAAUAACAAAAAUGUUUAUUCAUAAUUCACGAAUGAGAUAAUGAAGGUAACUCCUGUAUAUAAUGUAAAUAUGUAUAUCACUUCUAUUUUAUAAUAGGAUCAAUGCGAGUAAAUAAUAUUGAAAAUUAAACAGAAUAACAAUGAUACAUAACGAGAGGAUUAAGAUUUCGAGGAAAAUUUCGAUUACGUGAUAAGGAGAAGAAAUUGAUAAGAUUCUUACUAUGAUUGAAGGAUAAAGAUAGGAUAAUUAAUUAAUUAUAAAUGAAAAACAAAACGUUAAAGAAAAAAAAAUGCGAAUACUACAUGAUCUUUAAAACACGUGUAUACCUUAAUAAAGUUAUGUAUUGAGGUACUUUUUAAUGAAAAAACAUGUUUCUUUAUUUUUUUAAUUGUGGUUUUUCUCUGUAUUUUCAUCGUAACUUGUCGUCAUUUUUUUUUGUGAGGGAGGUGAGUUUUUUUUCUUGCGGUCCCUCAUUUUUUUCAACGCUGUAAUGUUGUACCACGUGUGUACAUUAAAGAAGAAGAGUACGUUGUACAUAUAUACAUUAUCAA